CUUCCUCCUCCUCCUCCUCCUCCUGCGAUCCCGGCGCAGCAUCGAUCGCCAUUGCCACUCGAGCUCCGAGCUCCUCGGAAAAGCAGUGAACCCACCACUAAGCUCGCGACAUCUCGCAACACAGCUUGCUUGCUGCGUCGCGGUAUAUAGAGCAGUAGCUAGCUUAGCUUGUCGAUCUCCAAUGGCGCUCCAGGCAUCGUCGUCGCCGUCCAUGUUCCGCGCGAUCCCGACGAACACCAACGCUUCUUGCCGGCGAAAGUUGCAGGUCAGGGCGAGCGCGGCGGCGGCGGCGGCGAACGGCGGCGGGGAUGGGAAGGUGAUGAUGAGGAAGGAGGCGGCGUCGGGCGCGUGGAAGAUCGACUACUCCGGCGAGAAGCCGGCGACGCCUCUGCUUGACACGGUGAACUACCCGGUCCACAUGAAGAACCUCUCGACGCCGGAGCUGGAGCAGCUGGCGGCGGAGCUCCGGGCGGAGAUCGUGCACACGGUGUCCAAGACCGGGGGCCACCUGAGCUCCAGCCUGGGCGUCGUCGAGCUCGCCGUGGCGCUGCACCACGUGUUCGACACGCCGGAGGACAAGAUCAUCUGGGACGUCGGGCACCAGGCGUACCCGCACAAGAUCCUGACGGGGCGGCGUUCGCGGAUGCACACCAUCCGGCAGACCUCCGGGCUCGCCGGGUUCCCGAAGCGCGACGAGAGCGCGCACGACGCGUUCGGCGCGGGCCACAGCUCGACGAGCAUCUCGGCGGCGCUCGGGAUGGCGGUGGCGAGGGACCUCCUCGGGAAGAAGAACCACGUCAUCUCGGUGAUCGGCGACGGCGCCAUGACCGCCGGCCAGGCGUACGAGGCGAUGAACAACUCGGGCUACCUCGACUCCAACAUGAUCGUGGUGCUCAACGACAACAAGCAGGUGUCCCUCCCGACGGCGACGCUCGACGGCCCCGCCACGCCCGUCGGCGCGCUGAGCAAGGCGCUGACGAAGCUCCAGUCGAGCACCAAGCUCCGCCGCCUCCGCGAGGCGGCGAAGACGGUGACGAAGCAGAUCGGCGGGCAGGCGCACGAGGUGGCGGCGAAGGUGGACGAGUACGCGCGCGGCAUGGUGAGCGCGUCGGGCUCGACGCUGUUCGAGGAGCUCGGGCUCUACUACAUCGGCCCCGUCGACGGCCACAGCGUCGACGACCUCGUCGCCAUCUUCAACAAGGUGAAGUCGAUGCCGGCGCCGGGGCCGGUGCUCGUCCACAUCGUGACGGAGAAGGGGAAGGGCUACCCGCCGGCGGAGGCCGCCGCCGACCGGAUGCACGGCGUGGUCAAGUUCGACCCGACGACGGGGAGGCAGUUCAAGUCCAAGUGUUCGACGUUGUCCUACACCCAGUACUUCGCCGAGGCGCUGAUCCGGGAGGCCGAGGCCGACGACAAGGUGGUCGGCAUCCACGCCGCCAUGGGCGGCGGCACGGGGCUCAACUACUUCCACAAGAGGUUCCCGGAGCGGUGCUUCGACGUGGGGAUCGCGGAGCAGCACGCCGUGACGUUCGCCGCGGGGCUCGCCGCCGAGGGGCUCAAGCCGUUCUGCGCCAUCUACUCGUCGUUCCUGCAGCGAGGGUACGACCAGGUGGUGCACGACGUCGACCUGCAGCGGCUGCCGGUGAGGUUCGCCAUGGACAGGGCGGGGCUCGUCGGCGCCGACGGGCCCACGCACUGCGGCGCGUUCGACGUCGCCUACAUGGCGUGCCUGCCGAACAUGGUCGUCAUGGCGCCCGCCGACGAGGCCGAGCUCAUGCACAUGGUCGCCACCGCCGCAGCCAUCGACGACCGCCCUAGCUGCUUCCGCUUCCCCCGCGGCAAUGGCAUUGGCGCCGUCCUCCCUCCCAACCACAAGGGCACACCUCUCGAGGUCGGGAAGGGGAGGGUGCUCGUAGGAGGGAACAGGGUGGCGCUGCUAGGGUACGGCACGAUGGUGCAGGCAUGCAUGAAGGCGGCAGAGGCGCUGAAGGAGCACGGCAUCUACGUCACCGUCGCCGACGCGCGUUUCUGCAAGCCGCUCGACACAGGGCUUAUCCGGGAGCUCGCUGCCGAGCACGAGGUCCUCGUCACUGUGGAGGAGGGCUCCAUCGGAGGGUUCGGUUCUCACGUCGCCCACUACCUCAGCCUCAGCGGCCUCCUCGAUGGCCCCCUCAAGUUGAGGUCCAUGUUCUUGCCAGACAGGUACAUAGACCAUGGUGCACCAGUAGACCAGCUUGAGGAGGCAGGAUUGACACCAAGGCACAUUGCUGCCACUGUGCUGUCCUUGCUUGGGAGGCCAUUGGAGGCACUUCAGCUCAGCUGAAUAAUUCAGCAUGACUGUAUGCAUAUACACAUCAGCCGACAAAUAAACAGGAAACUGAUGAUAGCUAAUUUAUGAGAGAUAUGGAGAUCUUCUCCUUCUCCAUUAUCCUUGGCCUAAUUAACCAUGGCCACAUGGAUAUGGAGGGGGGGAGGUUCCAGUAAGAAGUAGGGUUACUAGGAAGAAGAUGAAGGAGAAGGCAACAAAAAGCCCAUGUGUAUGUGUUUCUUGGCCUGUUGCAAAACAUGCUUCCAAAUGCAAAAUGAUAAUGGAGGUGUUUGUGUACAAGAGGAUGGAGACAUGAAGAUGGGGCAUGCAUGUCCUUGCAUGAUAGUAUUGACAUGAGAAGGAGAAGGAUAUGCCUCUCAUCUGGCAUUGUCAGGAGUGACAUAUAUGAAUGCAUGGCUCCUUAUGUUCUUUUGUUACUUUGUAUAGAUAACAAGUAUAAGAAAGAAUCAUGUAUUCUAGUAGUACUACAUACAUACAAACUCAGUUCCCUAUGCAGAAGGAAAAUGGAGAAUAAGAUGGAAAGUUUUUCUUGUUCA